GGCGGCCCUGAGCUCGCGGCCCGACGCUCCUGGGGCCUCCCCGAGCCGACCCGACCCCGGGGCGCAGAGCUGCCAGUGGCGGGACUCGGGAGCGGCGCUGUGGGGCCGGCUGGGUGAAAGAGGCGGGAGACGCGCCGGGGCGCGAGAUGGAGGCAGGAGACCAGGAGGUGAGCAGCAUGAAACUGCAGACAUUGUCGUUACUGCCCGAGGAGCAGAUAGUGACACUUCGUCAACAGAUGGUGGAAAGCCAGGCAUCCUAUCAACGCAAGCUGCAGAGCUCCCAAGAGGCACAGCAUAGGCAGGCAGUGCUUGUGCAGAAGCUACAAGCAAAGGUGCUGCAGUACCGGAGUUGGUGUCGGGAGCUGCAACAGAGGCUGGAAACGGAAAGGGGGGGGCCCAUUUCACACAGGUGGGAAGCCAAGGAGGAGCACAGCCUGGAGAGGGCUCUGGUCCAGUUGGAGGAGGAGCAGCAGAGAUGUGAGAAUCUAGCUGAAGUGAACACCCUGCUCCGGGAGCACCUGGGCAAAGCAAAUGAGGUGAAUGCAGCCCUUAGAGAGGAUGUGCAAAAACUGACAGUUGAUUGGACAAGGGCCCGGGACGAACUGGAGCUCAAGGAGAGCGAAUGGCGCACUGAACGUGAGUUCUUUGAGGGGUACUUGAGGUGUGAACAUGAUCGACUUCUCAGCCUGUGGCAGCAGGUGGUGACCUUCCGCCGUCACUUCCUGGAGAUGAAGACUGCAACUGACAGGGACUUGUCAGCACUGAAGGCAGACCAGAUAAGACUUUCUGGAUCAAUACUUGUCAGCUGCUUCCAUCUAAGUUCUGGUACGCGGCACUGGGAGCCAAACACUUUGGAAAGAUCUGCCCCGAGGGAUCAGACACAGCAGCUUUGUGCCAGGGCUCAGGAGCUGGAAAAGGAAGUAUACCAGAAAACCCAAGAAGUGAUGUGCUUGCAGGUCAAAGGGGAUAUGGAGAAAGAGGAGCUUCAGGGCAGGGUGAUGGAGCUCUCAGCCUUGCUGGCGCAGUCCCAGAAGCAGAAUGAGGAGAAAGAAAAGACCGUGAAGACGCUUAGUGACACGAUGGAGAUUCUGGAGGCCAGUCGGUUGGCGGUAGAAUAUAAAGCUUCACUGACCAAGAAUGCCAAAGAAGAGACCCUUUCCCUUCAUCAGGUGCUAAAAGACAUAACUCAGGCAGUGCUAGACGAUACUGACAACGCAGUCAGCAUCUCAUGGGUUGAGAGCUCCCAGCAUCCUGAAUCCAGCAACCUCUCCUCCCUGCUGAGUUCCAGUGACAUGGAAAGGGCCCUCGUUCUGGUGCACGAAGCAUUGUCAAGGAGGUGCCAAGCAGUACAGGCCCUAAGGGAGCAGCUUUCAGCCAGCCAGGACUCUGUCCAUUCUCUGCAACAUCAGCAAAGGCAGCAGGAAGAGGAGUGUAAGAUGCUGAGGCAGAGGCUCCAGCAGCUGGAAGAGAACUGCAAGACACUCACCAGCCAGACGCAGCACCUCCAGUCCCUGGUGGAAACUCUCAGCAGUGACCGUGUGAACCUGGAGAAGGCCAGGGAAGAGCUGCAGCAGCAACUGGAGGUGUCUGAGCAGGAGGCCUGGCGAUUGCGCCGAAGCAACACUGAGCUACAACUGAAGGAAGAUUUGGCUCAAGGGGAGAAGGAGGAGCAACAGCUGGAGAUGGAGAGGAUCCUUCGGGAGAGGGAGCGCCUUCAGAAGGCUUUAGCUGCACUUGAAGCAAAACAUUCAUUGUUAAAGAGCGAGUUGGUUGCCAGGAGGGAGGCGCUGGAGAAAUCUCACCUUGAUGGGGAGUUGAUGAAGCAAGAGAAACAUGAGCUUGCCAUGGCACUGGAGAGGGCAGAACAGUCAAUUGCUGAGUUGACAGGGGUUCAGAAUAAACUGAAGGCAGAAACCGCUGAUCUGCAUGAUGUGGCUGAGAAGAUGAGUGGCAUUAAUGAGGCUCUAGCUUUGGAUAAAAUGCAGUUGAAUCAGCUUGUCCUGCAGUUGGAGCAGGAGAAUCAGGCUUUGUCAAGCAAAGUGAAGGACAUGCAGAGAGCAACAACCUCUGUGCAGGAGGAGCUGAGCCUGUCCGAAAGAGCAAAUGAGGCGCUCUGUGCAGAGAAAACCCAUCUGGAGCAGUUGCUGCAGAAGGCUAAGGAGCUACAGGAGGGACUGCAAGCAGAGUUGGAUGUGCUGAGAGAUGAGAGAAAAGAGACCCAUGAGGUGAUGAGUCAGAUGUGUCGCCAGGAGGAGUCAUCCAGCACUGACUUGGAGAAAACACGUCUGGAGUCAAGUCGCCGUGGAGAUGCAUUGGCUAAAGUAUCCAGAGAAAAGGAAGCCCUGGUGCGUGAGAAGGCAGCACUGGAGGUGCGACUAGGGGCUGUGGAGCGGGACAGACGUGGCCUUUCAGAGCAGCUGGCAGAGCUCAGAUCAGCAAAGGAGAUCUUAGAAUCCAGCCUGUUCGAGGCUCAGCAGCAGGUGUCUCAGUUGGAGGUCACUAGGGGUCAGUUGGAAAUCAAGGUUCAAACAGUCACCCAGGCCAAAGAGGUGAUACAAGGAGAAGUGAAGUGCCUUCGUUGUGAGCUGGAAACAGAGAGAUCCACAAUGGAGCAGGAGCGGGAGGAUAUGGCACAGCAGCUCUCACGGACAGAGCAGCAAUAUCAAGAUACCCUUAGCCUUCGUCAAACUGCGUACGAGGAGGAAAUGAACAAGCUCCUGCGAGAGCUGAAGAGUGAGCAGGAAUGGCACCGCGCAGAGCUGAAAGAGAUGUGGGAGCUCUCAGCCCAAGAGAAAGCAGAGGCAGAAGGGGCUUAUGAGAAGAAGCUGUUGGAGCUGAAGCAGGAGGCUGCUACUAUGCAAUCUCAGAAAGAAGAGGAGCGAGCUAGGGCUGAAAAUGCCAGGCAAGAGGUGCAGCUAGAGAAAGAGAGGGAGAAGAAGUCUUUGCUGGAGGCACUGCUCCAAACACAGGAAGAGUUGACAGAUGCCUGUCAGCAGCUGGAGCAGCUUCGCCAAGAGGUGAAGAAGCAACAGAAGGAGCAGGACACCAUGGAAGGGCUGCAAGCUGAGCUCCAGGAAGCUCAGAAUCAGAUGGAGGCAGUGGAGAGCAGGCACCUGGAAGAGGUCAAAACCCUCAAACAGGAAAUAGACAUUCUCCUUCUGCAGCGAGACACCCUGCGAAACCAGGUGCAAGAGCUAGUGGUCACCAAGGAUUCCUGGCAACAGAUUGGCCUGGAGGCUCAGCGGCAAUUGAACGAGGUGCAAAAAUUAUCCAACCAGAAGAUACUGGAGGCUACUCAUAUCCAGAAGAUGUUAGAGGGGGAGAGGAGUCGACGGGAGGAGGCGGAGCGUCAGAACACAGAGCUCCAGGCCGAGGGGAGGAGUCGACGGGAGGAGGCGGAGCGUCAGAACACAGAGCUCCAGGCCACGGUCGGAGCUCUGGAGGGGGAGAGGAGCCGACGGGAGGAGGCGGAGCGUCAGAACACAGAGCUCUGGGCCACCGUCGAAGCCCUGGAGGGGGAGAGGAGCCGACGGGAGGAGGUGGAGCGUCAGAACACAGAGCUCCAGGCCACAGUCGGAGCCCUGGAGGGGGACAGGAGCCAAUGGGAGGAGGUGGAGCGUCAGAACAGAGAGCUCCAGGCCACAAUCGGAGCCCUGGAGGGGGAGAGGAGCCGAUGGGAGGAAUUGGAGCGUCAGAACACAGAGCUCCAGGCCACAGUCGGAGCCCUGGAGGGGGAGAGGAGCCAACGGGAGGAGGUGGAGCGUCAGAACACAGAGCUCCAGGCCAGGCUCAGAGCCCUGGAGCGGGAGAGGAGCCGACGGGAGGAGGCGGAGCGUCAGAACACAGAGCUCCAGGCCACCGUUGGAGCCCUGGAGGGGGAGAGGAGCCGAUGGGAGGAGGCGGAGCGUCAGAACACAGAGCUCCAGGCCAGGCUCAGAGCCCUGGAGCGGGAGAGGAGCCGAUGGGAGGAAUUGGAGCGUCAGAACACAGAGCUCCAGGCCACCGUCGGAGCCCUGGAGGGGGAGAGGAGCCGAUGGGAGGAAUUGGAGCGUCAGAACACAGAGCUCCAGGCCACCGUCGGAGCCCUGGAGGGGGAGAGGAGCCGAUGGGAGGAAUUGGAGCGUCAGAACACAGAGCUCCAGGCCACCGUCGGAGCCCUGGAGGGGGAGAGGAGCCGAUGGGAGGAGGCGGAGCGUCAGAACACAGAGCUCCGGGCCACGCUCAGAGCCCUGGAGGGGGAGAGGAGCCGAUGGGAGGAGGCGGAGCGUCAGAACACAGAGCUCCAGGCCAGGCUCAGAGCCCUGGAUGGGGAGAGGAGCCGAUGGGAGGAGGCGGAGCGUCAGAACACAGAGCUCCGGGCCACGCUCAGAGCCCUGGAGGGGGAGAGGAGCCGAUGGGAGGAAGUGGAGCGUCAGAACACAGAGCUCCAGGCCAGGCUCAGAGCCCUGGAUGGGGAGAGGAGCCAAUGGGAGGAGGUGGAGCGUCAGAACACAGAGCUCCAGGCCACGCUCAGAGCCCUGGAUGGGGAGAGGAGCCGAUGGGAGGAAGUGGAGCGUCAGAACACAGAGCUCCAGGCCACGCUCAGAGCCCUGGAGGGGGAGAGGAGCCGAUGGGAGGAAGUGGAGCGUCAGAACACAGAGCUCCAGGCCACGCUCAGAGCCCUGGAGGGGGAGAGGAGCCGAUGGGAGGAGGUGGAGCGUCAGAACACAGAGCUCCAGGCCAGGCUCAGAGCCCUGGAUGGGGAGAGGAGCCAAUGGGAGGAGGUGGAGCAUCAGAACACAGAGCUCCAGGCCACGCUCAGAGCCCUGGAGGGGGAGAGGAGCCGAUGGGAGGAGGUGGAGCGUCAGAACACAGAGCUCCAGGCCACGCUCAGAGCCCUGGAGGGGGAGAGGAGCCGAUGGGAGGAAGUGGAGCGUCAGAACACAGAGCUCCAGGCCACAGUCGGAGCCCUGGAUGGGGAGAGGAGCCGAUGGGAGGAGGUGGAGCGUCAGAACACAGAGCUCCAGGCCACGCUCAGAGCCCUGGAGGGGGAGAGGAGCCGAUGGGAGGAGGUGGAGCGUCAGAACACAGAGCUCCAGGCCACGCUCAGAGCCCUGGAUGGGGAGAGGAGCCGAUGGGAGGAGGUGGAGCGUCAGAACACAGAGCUCCAGGCCACGCUCAGAGCCCUGGAGGGUGAAAGAGCCAGCCUGGCUCUGACCCUGGAGGGGAAGGAGCUGAGACUCAGGACCUUCCAGGAGAGAGAUGAUGCCCAGCUGAGUGAGAUCAUCAGCCUGCAGGCAGCCAUUUGCCAAGCUCAGCAGCUCCAUUCUGACCACAGAAGAGAGAUACAGGAGCUCAACACACAGGUCCACUCACUCAAGCAGGCAGUGCUAGAGAAAGAGGCUGGUUUAGUGGCCCAGGAGAAGCAGUUGUCACAGGAUCUGGAGGAGUCACGGGCAGGUGAACGGCAUUUGAGGGAUUUGCUGCGGACAGUAGAGGCAGAGGUGUCUCAGCUGCGCCUUAGCCUUUGCAGCACAGAGAGCCGGGCAGAGGCACUGGCUGUGGAGUGCCACCGCGCCAGCAGUGCCCGCUGUGAAGCAGAGUCCCAGCUGGCCAGGCUGCACACCGUUCUGCAGCACACACUGCGUGGCAGCACUCUUGCAAGUGGAGACCUUGUCACAUGGAGUGCAGAACAGGACCGUGUUUGUGGGCUUACUGGGCCUCAAUCUAAGGCCCUCCCCAUAGAGCUCACAGCAGAGAAAGUGGCAACAGCCUUCCGGAACCUGCACCAGGACCUGAGGCAGACUCUGCAAGAUCGGGAUGAUGCCAGGAACAAGGCUCAGAAGUUGGAGCAGGAGCUGAGCAAAAAGGAGGCCGAGAGGGACUGUCUCAGAGCCCACACUCAAGAGCUGCAGAAGUGGUUGUCCCAAAGCCAGGAAGAGAUGCGGAUGGUAGAAGGGAAGCAGGGCUCACUCCAGGCCACGCUGCAAGAAGAGGUCAUUGCCCUAAAGAAGGAGGUUGUGACGUUGCAUGGGGAGGUUGCAUCCUUGGAGAGGAGCCUUGAGGGCACCGAGAAGCAAAGAAGGGAUGUUGUGCAUGAACGGGACAUGCUGCAAGCAGCUAAGGAGAAACUGGUACGGGAGAUGGACCUUCUACAGGAAUCAGUCUCUGCCUCUGAGACUCGGGCAAACAUAGCAGCAAAGAUGAGCCGCUCCCUAGAACAAGAGCUUCAAACAACCCUCUCUGCCCUGAAAAUGAAAAGUGAGGAAGCAGAGACUCAACAGGAGGGAAUCCAAACAUUGCAGAAGGAGGCUGCAUUGGGGAAGGCUUUGCAGGAAAAUCUGGAUCACCUGACUCUUGCCUUAAGCCAGAGAGAUGGAGAAAUGGAAACACUGCAAGAACAGAUUAGCAAGCUGGAGCAGCAGAGAGAAGUGCAAAGAACAGCUUUAGAUCACCUUACUAAAGACCUAGAGGAGAAGGACAGAGAGGUGGAAUCCCAACAAGAACAGAUUCAGGAACUAGAGAAUCAGAGGGAAAUGCAGAAGACUGCUCUAGAACGACUGACUUUAAACCUAGAGGAGAAAGUAAAGGAAAUUAAAUUCCAGGAAGAGAAAAUCCAGACUCUGGAAGAACAUGGAAGAUCACAAAUGAAAGCUCUGCUGGAGAAGCUCUAUCUGAUCAAAGUAGACUUGAGGGAAAAAGAUUGUGAGCUUAUGUCUCAGAGAAAGGUAGCUGAAGAAUUGAAAGAGGAGGAGAAAAAGCAGGUGAAGGUUCUGCGCACAAGCCUAGAACACAUGAAAGCAAUUCUCGGGGACAAAGAGAGUGAGAUCGAAUCGCAGCGGGAGCAGAUAAGGAUUUUCCAGCAGUAUGAGGAUCAGCGGGAGGAAGAGCUACAGGACCUGCGGGAGAAAGUAAAACAGAUGACCCUCACUCUGACUCAGAGAGAUCAAGAGCUUGAGUCACAACAAAAGCAAAUUCAGAAUAUUAAGGAAGAGAUGGAAAUGAAGCUAAAGCCUCUUUGUGAACAUCUGGAGCAAACACAAGCAGCCUUAAAAGACAAAGACAGAGAGCUGGAAUUCCAAAUGCAGCAAAUACAGAAACAUGAGGAAGAAGCAGAAGGGCAGAUGAAGGUUUUACAGAGAGAUUUAGAAUAUGCCAAGGAAGAACUAAAGGAGAGAGAUGGAGUGAUUAAGUCUCAGAAAGAGCAGAUCUGGACACUCCAAAAACAAGAAAGAGAAGUUGAGCAACAGGUGAAAACUCUUGACCGUCUUGAAGCAAUAUUAAGGGAGCGAGAGCAAGAAAUCGAAUCCCUGCAAAAGCAAUAUGAGGAGUACAAAACAGAGGAGGAGAAGCAGGCAAGAGCCAUGCAAGCAAAUCUUCAACAAACACAGGUGACUCUGAGGGGGAGAGAGAGGGAAAUAGAGGCCCUUGAGGAAGGAAUCCAUAAGCUUCAGCAGCAUGAGGAAGAUGCAGUGACACAGACUAAGGCUGUCUUGAAGACACUUGAAUAUACCAAAUCGUCUCUACAAGCCAGAGACCAGGAGAUAGAGUAUUUGCAAGGGCAUAUCAAGGAGCUGUUAGGGCAGAAAGAGCUGGAAGAAAAGUGUGCCAGGAGCUUACAGCAGGAUCUAGACAGAAUGAGCCAAAUAGUGAAGGAGAAGGAUGUAGAACUCCUCAAGCAGGCGGAGCAAAUUAGCAUAUACCAGAGUCAAGAAGAAAGAAUGCAGGUGGCACUAAAGUCCUGCCAGAACCAAGCAAGUUGUCUAGAGGAAGUUGUAAGAGAGCGAGAGUGGGAGAAUGAGACUCUCAUUCAACAGCUCCAGCACCGAGAGGAAGAGCAGGAGACCCUGCACCGUCUCCAGCUUACACUGGCUGAGAAGGAGGAGAGACAUCACAGAGAGAGAGAGCAGCUUCCAGAAGAAGCCCUGAACAAAACGGAACAGGAGACCAAGGCCCAAGAUAAGCGAAAACAAUUGGAAGAGGAGGAGGUAAAGGGUCUUCAAGAAUGUCUCCAGCAUCUCCAGCAGACACUGGCCAAAAAGGAUGAGGAGAUCAAACACCAGAGAGAGAGAGUCAGGGGCCUGGAGGAGACUCUGAGAGGGAGAGAGCAGGAGCUGAGGACACAGGGUGAGCUCCUGAAGCAGCUCACCUCAGCUCUGCAAAGGAGAGCUGGUGAAGGGGAGACUCUAAAGAACCAAAUCCAGAAACUCCUGAGAUGGGAGACAGAGGAGGCAGCCAAGAGGAAGGUUCUCCAGGAGAGAGACCAGCAAUUGGAAAGGCAGAAGGUGUGGAUCCAACAGCUGGAAGAGGAGAAAAAGGUGAAGGAUCAGGAACUGGAGCACAUGAUGGCUGUUCUGAAGCAGACUGAGAGUGUGGAGAUAGAAUGGAGGGAGAAAGCACAGGCCUUGGCUUUGUCCCUGGCCCAGAGCGAAGCAGCCAGUAGGACCCUGAGGGAGGAAAUGGCUGUCCUACAGAGCAUGGUAUCAGAGCGGGAUAAGGAUCGGCUUCAUCUUCAGGAGCAGCUUGCUUCAGCUCUCAGAGACCUAGAGGAGAGCGUUCCAAACAAGGCUCUGAAUGGAGAUGCGGAUCUGCUGCUUAGAGAGGAGAGAGCAGGGAAACGGCAGGCCAUGGGAGAGGAAGAGGAGCAGCUGGCAGCAGGGGCAGAGAGGAGACUGCUGCAGCAGCGGCUGGAACGUCUGCAGCGAGCUGUCGCAAGGCUGGAACAUGACAAAACUCAGCUGGAGCAGCUCAACACCCAACUCAGGAGGACUCUAGAGCAGGUGGAGCGUGAGCGGAGGAAGCUGAAGAGGGACUGUGCUGGCCUCUCACUGCCAGAUGCCUGUGGACUUCCUGUGUCUGACUCUGGGCAGAAUAAGGCAUCAACUUCAGGACAGGAGGAGGCCCGGGCUCUCCGUAGGCGACUCGCCGAGUUGCAGAAGCAGGUGUCUCUUCUGCAAACCCAGCUGGUGCUGGAGCGGAAGCACAAGCAGGACUACAUCAAGUGCUGUGCAAAGACCAGCCAGGAGCUAUCGGGCCUGCACCAGGAGCUCUCUCACUCCUUAGCAACUGUGGCCAGGGAGCCCAAGGCUGCUGUUCUAGAAGCAGAAACGCGGAAGCUGGAUGAAUCCCUGAACCACAGCUUGGCCUUGGUGGCUUUAGGGUGGGACGGCCAAUCUCCAGAGAUACACCCUCUGAGUUCCACACCCAGAGCAGCCCAGCAGAAUGAGUUGAGGUAGCAGGAUCAGCGUUCAGCAAAUGGGUCACAGCAGGAACAAGGUCCAACCCUACGUGUGGUUUGGCAGUGCCAUUUUCAAGGGUGCCAUGGACAAUAGACUCUUGCCCACCUUGCAGAAGAUCCUACGUGGCAGUGGAAAAGGUGGCGAUUGUCCCUUCAAGAGCCAUCCCCUCCAUUUUCAUGGGCCAGACCUCCUCAGAGCCAGCCUGCCCACUGACGUGGCCCUGACUCUCGUAGCCCCAGCCAAAUACCAGUCCUCAGGAACAUUGAACCACAUGGUUGGUUGUGGCACAUGGGAGGAUGGAACCAAUAAGAACAUGGGUUUUUCCCCUUCUUCACAGCCUGUGUAUCCUGAGGAAUGUCCCCAGAGUGUGCAGAGACCUGCUGCAGGGAGUGAAUUCAGGGGCGUGGGGUUGUGUCAAAGCUGAGACCUGGGGCAGGGGGGCAAUAGUGCUCGCUAUGGAAACACCAUAGGCAGCAGUGUUCACCAUGGAAACUUUCCAGCAGGACUGUGCCAGGGGACCAGAGGCUGGAGCUGGCUGAGCAGGGCUCAGAGAUUGGAGGCGAGCUGGAAAAAGGCUCUAGGGUUGACUGGUAGCAGCAGAUUGGUGGAAUUUUCCUUUUCUGAAGCACACGAUUGUUGCCUGCCCCAGAAAUGUUGCUGUUACAAGGUGCCCCCAGAGAUUGCCCUCGUGCUGCCUGGAGAGCUGCUCCCAAAUGACUUUGUACUGUUUCCCUUUUAGUAGGAGCUCCAGUGGGAUCUGUAUUUUCAGCUUUUACAAUAAAGUUAUU